UUUAAAAGCUUUGUCUCUUUUUUAGCAGGGGCUGUCAAAAUUAGCAAAACAAGAGGGAAUUUUCUAGAAGCACAUAAAAUUUUGAUGCUGAGUUUUAAAAGAAAAGACGUCCAAGACAAUGCUCUGCAAGAUGACAAAGAAAUAGCAAAUAGCAAAACCUAAAACCUAACAUACUUCAUUAGUUUACAGAAAUGGGAUUUUUAAAAAUGGGAUUUUUCCUGACAUGUCUUUGCUAAGAAAGUUAUUUAUUUGUACUGCAUUCUCUUGAAGCAUGUUUAACUCACUGCAUGAUGGAAUAUUGGUGAUACAUAGUGCAAAUUCUGAUAUGUUUGAAGUAGGUAAGAACUGGUGUGAACUAGAAAAGAUGCAGAAUCAAUAAUAUUCACUUGUCUUGGCUUCCCUUCUGAUCAUUCUUCUGCUGCAAGAACUUGUCCCUAUAGAUUAUUUUUUGAAAAUAUUUUUGAAUCAUUCCCUGUAGUAAUAAAAUAACAGCAAGGCAUCAGAGACACCCACUGUAAGUAUGAUCAGAAGAAAAUGAUGGGAUUUAAUUACUUGAAAGAAAAAACCUUUUUUUCAGGUUGGGAUAUUAUUGAAGAAAAAAGUAAUUGAAAAAUACUUAUUUUUCACAGCAGUGGUGGUUUACCAUUCUUGCCAAAGCAUUCAUUAGUUAAGAUUUUGAUGUCCAGAGCCAGUCUUUGAGAUGAAAAAUUUGGGCUCAUUUCCUGGAGCCUUGGCCAAUGGAGAUGACAGUUAAUUUAAGAGCCGUGCAACUGCUCCUGUAUGUAGACAAGAUGAGAACAAAAGCUCAUCUCAUGUUCAUACUGGGGCUAACUGAAAUUACUGGCUUGUAAGAGAGAAGAAUGUAUUUUUUGGAGUGGCAAAAAGCAUGGCCAUUAAGGCUUCCAUUUGGGAUCUGGGAAACUUCAGUGACUCCCUGGUUUUAAUCAGCUGCAUUUUUUAUUCAGACUGGGAAGUUAAAUUAGGUCCUCUCACAGCCUACAUAACUUCCUCAAGCAAGAGUGAUUCCUUUCUGUGGGGUGGCUCUGGAAGGCAUCAAGGAGAUGAAACGAGCGAGGCUCUGGUGAAUACUUAAUCCCUCGCACGGGUCUGCUCUCUAAGGAGGGACCGAGAGGAGUGCCCUGCAGCAGGCCUGUGGUGCUCAGUUUGGGAUAUUGGCCUGCCAAGAAAUUUAUUCAGAUCUCCAAGCCCAGUACCCUCAACAGAAUAGUAGGACACAGCUCACUUGCAUGCUCUUAUCUCUCUCCUGUUCAAAGCACAUUGUGUUUUCUGUCGUGGGAAAAGGAGAUAAUAAAAACAAGUAGUUUUGUGACAUGGGAAAGAACUUUCUUCCCAUCUCUGCUUUUGAGUGGAUCAAGGGAGUUUCUGUUCUAAUGGAAUAUCUUGUUCCACAGUUUAUGAUACUGUCUGGUUCCUGAACCAAAGAUACUUACCUGCCUUUUCAGAUCCAGAAAUAGCUUUUAAAAAUGGGAAAAGUGGUUUUAUUUCAGGUUUUUACCCUUGGUCAUUGCCUAUAUGAUUACUUUCUCUUCAUUUCUAAACACGCUAUUCUUAACAAAAUAGAUUUGAUCUAUCCAGUAGAGAUUUGUUUUCUUUACGUAUGUAGCUGACAGAGAUUCCAAGUCAGGGACCCUAUUAGGACUAAUUAGUCUUGAAGGGUGAAAUGGAAUUUUAAAAGGUGCAUGAUAAAAGAAGUUGCAUUUAUUUUCUGUUUACACUGAAAUAAUUAAUUUAUAGCAUUAUAUCCUAGAAAGAUAAAUCUGCAUAGGCCACAACUUCAAUUUAAUUAGAAAGCUCCUGUAUUACAGAAAUGCCUUCCACACAGAGUAGUUUCUGUAUUUGUCAGAUAAGCAGUAUACAUCAUGGACUAAGGAUCUAAUUAAGAUUUCAAGACACUGAAAGGUAAGCCCUUUAAUAAUUCUAAAAUAAUUUUAAUUUUCAUAUACAGAAAAAUGGAAGAAUACUAAUGUAUCUAUUUAAUUUUCAGUUUAGUUUUGAUUUCACCUUGAAGUACUAGAAACUCCUCAAAGAGCCUAUUUGAACCAAAAUUGUAACUACUUCAUUGAAGGGGAUGAAGAAUCCCGGACUCCUAAAGCAGUCAGCAUAUGUCACAGAAGUAAACACUGACACUGUACCCAUGAACAUCAGAAUAUCUUUCAGUUUCAUUGCAGCUGGAGUCAGUGACUUCGUAGUGAAAAAGGAUCUCAGGGAGGAUGAAAAUGAGGAUUGGGAAGAAGAAGAAGAAAAGAUCUUCCUGAAGCCUGUUAUUGAGGACAGAAAUAUGGAACUGGCCCGAAAAUGCAGUGAAUUAAUAAGUGAUAUACACUAUAAAGAAGAGUUUCAAAAAUCUAAAGGCAAGUGCAUAUUUGUACCUGACACCCCGCAGCUACAACAUGUGAAAAGCCUUGGUGCUUUUAUUUCUGAGGUGAAAUAUAAAGGAGCUGCUAAGAAAGACCUUUCCAACUCUCUCUAUCAGCAGAUGCCAGCCACAAUUGACAGCGUAUUUGCGAAAGAAUUAAUGCACCUUCAGAGCAAGGUUCUCUAUAAACAAAAACAUGAUGCUGAGAAAGGAUUUUCAGACUAUGCACGUAUGAGGGAACCUCCAGAUGUUAAACAUGCCAUGGAAGUCAGUAAACACCAGAGUGAUGUAUCCUAUAAGAAGGAUGUGCAAGAUACUCAUAGGUACACUGAAGUGCUGGACAGACCAGACAUAAAGAAGGCAACUGAGAUAACAAAUAUAAUAAGUGAUGCAAAGUACAAGAAAGGAAGGGCAGAGCUGAAUAAGGAAUCUGCUGUGCUUGGAAGACCUGAUUUUGAGCAUGCUAAAGGAGUUUCAAAACUUUUAAGCCAAGUAAAAUACAAAGAGAAGUUCAGUAAGGAAAUGAAGAGUCACCAGUACAAUCCACUUGACAGUGCUUCCUUCAAGCAAGCACAGAUUGCAUCCUCCUUGGCAAGUGAUGUGAGCUACAAGAAAGAUUUGGAAAGCCUACAUGAUCCAGCGUCUGAUCUACCAAACCUACUGCAUUUAAACCAUGCUUUAAAUAUCAGCAAAACACAGAGUGAUGUUAAGUACAAAGAAAACUAUGAAAAAUCUAAAGGCAGAUCAAUGCUGGAGUUUGUGGAUACACCAAUGUAUCAAGUUUCAAAGGAGGCUCAAAAGAUGCAAAGUGAGAAAAUGUACCGCAGAGAUUUUGAAGAAGGGAUCAAGGGAAGACCUUCACUGGAUUUAGACAAGACCCCAGAGUUCCUGCAUAUAAAACAAGUCACUAAUCUUUUGAAAGAGAAAGAGUAUCGAAAAGAUUUGGAAGAAGGGAUGAAAGGGAAAGGAAUGACAGUGUUUGAAGAUACACCAGAUUUGAUUAGAGUGAAAAACGCAGCUCAGAUACUAAAUGAGAGGCAAUACAAGAAAGACUUGGAAACUGAAAUUAAAGGGAAAGGCAUGGAAGUUGGUCCAGAUACACCUGAGAUAAGACGAGCCAAGAAAGCCUCUGAAAUUGCAAGCAUGAAAGAAUACAAGAAAGACUUGGAGAAUGAAAUUAAAGGAAAGGGAAUGGAAGUGGGUACGGAUACCCUUGAUAUACAACGAGCCAAAAAAGCUUCUGAAAUUGUCAGCCAGAAAAUGUACAAAGAUGAAGCAGAGAAGAUGCUCUGUAACUAUUCUGCUGUCCCAGACACUCCCGAGAUGGAGAGGAUAAGAAGUACUCAGAAAAACAUCAGUUCAGUGUUUUAUAAGAAGGAAGUAGGAGCUGGCACAGCUGUAAAAGAUACUCCAGAGAUUGAAAGAGUAAAGAAAAAUCAACAGAAUAUUAGUUCGAUUAAAUACAAGGAAGAAAUUCGGCAUGCAACAACUAUUUCUGAUCCACCUGAACUAAGGAGAGUUAAGGAAAACCAGAAGAAUAUCAGUAAUGUUCAGUACAAAGAGCAGCUCUGCAAAGCUACACCCAUGAGUGUCACCCCUGAGAUGGAAAGAGUCAAGAGGAAUCAAGAGAAUGUCAGCAUGGUUCACUACAGAGAGCAGCCUGGCAAAGCUACUGCUGUGAGUGUCACUCCUGAGAUAGAGAGAGUCAGGAAGAAUCAAGAUAAUAUCAGCUCGGUCAAGUACAGCAGUGAUCAGAGGCAGAUGAAAGGUAGACGUAGUGUGCUUCUAGACACACCUGAGCUAAGGCAUGUCAAAGAAACACAAAACAACAUCUCAAUGGUAAAAUACCAUGAAGAUUUUGAGAAGACAAAGGGCAGAGGCUUUACCCCAGUGGUAGAUGAUCCUAUAACAGAGCGUGUACGAAAAAACACCCAAAUUGUGAGUGAUGCAGCAUACAAAGGUGUGCAUCCACAUAUCGUUGAAAUGGAUAGAAGACCUGGAAUAAUUGUUGAUCUUAAAGUUUGGCGCACAGAUCCUGGCUCCAUCUUCGACAUUGAUCCUCUGGAGGACAAUAUUCAGUCUAGGAGUCUGCAUAUGCUCUCUGAAAGAGCAAGCCGUUACAGUAAGCAGUAUUUACAUUCUACCAGUCUGGGAGAUUAUAAGUCAGAUGGCUCUGACACCAACCCUACCUUUUCUUACUGCAGUGAGGUAACAAGGCCAUCUGAUGAAGGAGCCCCUGUUCUCCCUGGGGCAUAUCAACAAAGCCAGACUCAAGGAUAUGGAUACAUGCAUCAGACCAGUAUGUCAUCCAUGAGGUCCAUGCAUUCACAGCCUCAUUCAGCAAGUCUGAGAACAUACAGAGCUAUGUAUGACUACAGUGCUCAAGAUGAAGAUGAAGUUUCCUUCAGGGAUGGUGAUUAUAUCAUCAAUGUGCAACCAAUUGAUGAUGGCUGGAUGUAUGGUACUGUUCAGAGAACUGGGAAAACAGGAAUGCUUCCAGCAAAUUAUAUUGAGUUUGUUAACUAAUUUUUGUCUGUUGUCCUUUGAGCUUUAUUAUGAUUUACUUAAAAUCUAACCUUUUAGAAAAAAAAUCAGAAGAAUCUUUUAAGAGUUCAUGAUCAUUACUUAAUCACUGCUAUAACAGUUUGCAUUCUCACUCAGAAUCCAUUUUAGAGUCCUUUAAAGAAAAGAUAAAUAAUCCACAAGAAGCUCAGAGCUUUGAAAACAGCAUUGCUUAUAAUAGUGCUCUCUCAAAGUGAAAAACAUAUAUGGAAGCCUGGUGCUGCCAGUCCUAUAAAAACUUUGGCCAAUUAACUGUAAAGGGGUAAUGCCUUUUCCUUAUACCUCAAAGACGUUAUAACCAUAAAAUUGAUUCACUUCUUACGGCACUCUGAAGUCACAGGAGGUUAACACACUGAGUUUGAACACAUCUUCAAAUUAUUAGGGAAAUGUUUAAUGUUUAAGCAGUUAGCUUCCUAAUAAAAAUUAAUAUGUUGAGUAGAUAAUUCAGUCAUUUGGAAUAAAGACAAGUAACAUUCCAGUAAAAAAAAUCCAAUAAAACCCGCUACUGCCCAGCAGCCUUACAGUAAAUAUGUCUAUUUUGACAGCAAAAAUUUCCUGACUCUUGCACAUCCACAUUUAUUCUUGGAUUACCCAUUUUUUCUUAUUUCCAAGUGAUCUAUUAGCUUUGCUUCCAUCCUAAUCCAUCAAUUAGAUCCAGGUCUGGAUUCAUGGUUCUUUAGUAUCUUUUCUGCAGGAGAUCCCUUGCAAAGACUAUCUAAAAUAUUAAAACCUAUCAACUCUUCUGUUUCCUUGUAAUAAUACUUAACAUUUAAAUAGAAACUUCCAUUAGGGCAACGUACAACCAAUACUUCAUGUCAGCUCCUUUACCUUCACCUGUAGUGCUGUAAAUAAGUAUCCCACGUGCGGCCCCGGUGCUGUGCAGUCCCCCAGAGCCUGCAGUCACAUCCCCUUCUCACCACCGGUAACUCGCUUAAUGGCUGCUUUGCUGAUGAGCUGAUGUCCCUCCCCUGCUGCAGAAACACUUGUGCCUCCAUCGAGCAGUGGAGGAGAGCUCUGGUUCUUGUAGUGCAUUUCAGAUCGAUGGCCUAUUGCUUCAGUUUGCUCCCAAAUUCUUGGUGAUCCAGCGGUGGGUUGUACGCUUGCCAAAUGAUUAAUGAUGGAGAAUUAUGUUUUCUUUUAGCGACUUAAUCUUUCUCAUAACUGACAUUGAAGGGAAAGCUAACUAAGCAAAAUCCAACAUACUCUAUGCCAUUAUGUUUCAGUUCAGCCAUCUGUGGAAAACAGUAAAAAUAUUCUGCUGACAAACCUUCACAUGUGCUAUUUGGUGUCUCUUAACUUACAGCCAGAACUGAGAGAUCCAGGUCUCAGUCUGUGAAGCUGGGAGAGGAUCUAACAGCUGGUGACACAGUGGAUCAAUAUGAGGGAUUUUGUCAGCAGGCUUGGGUCACAGGCAACUUGUUUUUGCUUUGACUCGGUGCUGCAUUCCCUCACAGGGAGAAAUUGUGGAAGAAAGUACAAAAGCGUUAAAGAUUCAUGCGAGAAAUUAUUUAUGUGGAUGCUGAAAUGUGUAAGGAAGAAAAUGUUUUUCUGAUAAAAUAAUUUAUGGAGUUCAGCCAUGUGCUAAUGAAGUUAACUUUGGAGUAGCCCUCAGAAUAUUGAGUCUGCACUGGUUUUCUUUCAUGUCUAAAAUUUUUAAAGUAGAAUUAUAUAUAGAACUUUUAGACAAUUUUGUACUUCUCAUCUCACAUAGCAGGAAACCCUGCAAUAACUGUUUAAAAAUUAAAUAAGGAAGACAGUACGGAUUUGUUAUGUCAACUGAAAGUUGUCAAUGCAAAUCCCUGUAAAUUCUAUUUUUGCAUGCAGUUUUUGCAUACAGCUUCCAGAGAAUUGGUGAGCUUAUGCAAUUUUAUUUUGGGUCUUGCUAACACAGGAAUGAUACCAGCUGCCAAGCAGAAUGGAAUGACUGCAUUAAAAAAGAAAUUUAAAAAUGUCCGUGACUGUGGAAUUACCUGUGCUUUCUUGUCAGCAGCCUAAUUUUAAGGCUAAAGCUGCCCAGGAGUAUCCAACUUCAAAAAAUGUUUUAAAAGUAGAAUUCCAUGACUGUAAAUAUAUAAUUUGUAUAGUUGACUGCUGUGAUUUAAAAUUCUUGCAAGUUUUGCAUAAGGAGCUGCUCUUGCAGUAGACCCUUGUGCAUUACUGGUGACACCCACAUGAAAUCAGCAAGUCAAAUGGUGUUUUUAAAGCUGAUGUGGUAUGCUGAGCUAGAAGCUCUGAAACAAGCAGUUUGCUUCUCUGUUGGUUUUCAUCACUGGCUAUCAACCGGGAGAAGAGGAAUUCCAUCUUCUGCUGGCUGGCAAAUUUUUCAGAUGUUGCCUGAGGCACAGCUGGCUGUCUCUUGCUGCUGUGCUGCUCUAUUAGCUUUGCAAUGCUGACAACAAUAAAAAUAGGGUGUCAGUUUGCUAACCAAAUAUGAAUAAAAAAGAAAUAUAGAGAAUAUCUAUAUGGCAUCAAGUUGCAAUUUUUAGUGACUUAUAAAGUAGGGAGUCUCCACCUAUAAAUACACAGUCAUUGUUCCUAGCUGAGGAGACAGCUUACAGUGUUGAAUACUUUAUGUAGAGUAGAAGUAAAUCAGAAAAUGAGGAUUUGGUGAUAAUAGGGAACUAUGUUAUGCUGAACAAUAGAAAUAAAAUUUCCUUUAUGAAUUUUGAAUAUUCAUUAGCCUGGCAGAGCAGCUAAAGCAAUUUGCAAAAAAUAAAAGGUCAAACAAAACAGUAUGUGAAUUGUGUUUCUCUUGAGAAUGGUAUGUCAGCAGAAUUAUUAAGAUCUGGUUUAAGUUAUUCCUGUAGUCAACUUCUUUAUCAUAUAUGGUUAGAAAUUCAUAUUUAUAUGGAAUGGUUCCUGCUUUUUGAUAUAAAACAAACUUUAGUGUGAUUUUGCAGCUUUUUUCUAAGCAAUGCAAUCAAAGGCCCAAAAUUAUCAGAAUGCAAUUAUGAUUUUUUUUUAAAGAACUAAAAUUUUUAAGGCAGGGAGAGUAAGUCAUGAACUAAAUUGUGCCAGCUCACAUUUUUCAAAGCAUAUGUUGGAGACUGUUACAUGCAGUGUGAUAUAGGGGUGAAAAGAUGCUACAUGCUGUCUUGUUCACCUUUAAAGUUUAUAUUCAUUUUUAGCACAGCAUGUUCCCCUUACUGUUCUUUCUUCCUGUAGUCAACAUUUUUCUGGGGAAAGGAAAGGGCUUUUAAGGACUUGAAUUUCUCAAGCUGUUCCAAAGUUCAGGUUGGAAGUCCACAUGUUCCCAUUUUAGAAAUAAAAAAUUCUAUAAAGAAUGCUGUAAUUCUUGCUAACAUGAGUAUAAAUGUAGAAAACAACAUAGAGCAUAUUCAUGCAUACACACAAGAACAAAUGGGUGCCUUGCUUUUCAUUACUCUUUCUUGCUUGGCUAUCUUCAUUUUUUAAACAAAGCUAUGUACAGGUACUGCAGUUGUAAUUUUUCAUUAUGGAACAUUAGCAUUUAGUCUUGAUGAAACAGGGUUUUCUUGAUUACAUUUGACAUACAAUAAACUACUUCAGCAGACUGGGAUUUGACAGAGAAUCACCUCCCAUGGAUUAUGUUUUUGACAAAUGUGUCCCUGCCGAGUGUUUCUUGGGGAUGUGGAAGGUCUCCAAUACCUGGGAAAGGUAAUAAUUCUAGUUUUUAUUGUACAGUGACUGCAUGUCAUCUUGUACGAUGAAAAAGAAAUUACAAAUAUAGAAGUCUUUGGCAGAAGGUGGUACAGGGUAUAAAAUCAUAGAUUUUUAUUAAGUUAAAGAGUACUCCAUCUAAAAUAUAGAAUAUGCUUUAGUUAGUAAAUGUUUAAAUAAUAUACUGAAACAGACAGAAGAUGCUGUUGAAAGAAGUCCUCCAAACGGAUGUGCUGGCAAAUGCAAAGUACUAGUGAGCUGUAGAAGAUUAAACCAUUUUGCAAUGCUUUAGUGAUUUUCUCCAGCUUUAUGCCAUAGGAACCCCAUCUCUCCUUUGGAAAGAAAACCUGAAAGCUCUAUUUCCUAAACUGCCUGCACUACAACAGUAUAUUCAAAGGAAUUUCAUAUGCUUCUUGUGUCUGAUAAAUAGAAUUUGCAUAUUGUACUUAAGUUGUAAUCCAGUUGUUGUUGACAUUUGUUUAAUUAUUAUUAUUUUAGGGGGGAAAAUAAGCUAUACUGUAGCAUUUCAAUUGUGUAUUUAAUAUUACUAUUAGAAAUUGCUAGACCAUUGGAAGACAGCAAUGACUGUAUUGACAUUGAUUAGCAUGAUGUGGAAAAUCUCUCAGCUGUUGGUUUUUGCAGUGUGAUAUAAAAAGCAAAAAUGAACCGCUGUGCAGUUUGGCUUAUGUUUGCUUUAAAGUGUGUAAAGUUUUAGUUAUUUUGCAAAACUGUACUGUAUUUGAGGGUAUACAGUUAUGAAGGUAACAGUUGUUUUUCGAAAGACAGAUAAACUUACUCUUGGAUCAUAUGAUGUAUCAUCUUAAUUUGGCUUUUGUUAUGCAGAAAGUUAACACCAGCUAUUAAAAUAUAUUUUAGUAGAAAUGCUUUAAUUCCUGUUUCUUCCUCUACACUGUGAAUAUUUAAGCUUUGGUGGACUAGAGCAACAUCAUGCUGCCCAAAGUACUAACCUAUGCAACCUAGUUCACAUUUUAGUUGAUGUCACAGUGGAUGUAACAUAACAAUUUAUUUUGCAUAACAUUAAACUUCAUUCAAAUAAAAUAUUAAACCCAGCAUUAUGUAUGUAUUAUAUUCAUAAACAACACUGUAAAGCUACCAUACCUGUUAGUAUAAGCUCUCAAAGAUGGAUAUGGCUUUAACUAAGGAAGCUUUGAAUUUUCAGUCUUAAGUAGAAUAUUUAGCAUUAUUCAUCAAGCUUGACCCCAGAAAAGAGUUUCCUAAACCACUGUUUUAUUUCAGACAUGCCCCCUCCUUAAAAGGUUUGCCUUUUCAGUGUGCAUUUGUAACCCUUCAACAAAACACCAAGUUACAUUCCAUGACCCUUGGUUUGUUUAAAUAGAGUAAGUGAAGGAAGUUCACUGUUUUAAUUGAUACUGGUUUGUUUGUCUUUGAAUGGGAAUUUGGUUAGGUGUGCUCUCAGUGCAGCACUAAUAAAAAAGAUUGCAUUGCUGGCUUCUUUAAGACAAUUUGAUAUACAAAUGUCAUCUUUAUUCAUUUACACAAGUACAUUAUUUUUAAAACAUUGUAAGAAAGCUUAAGGUAAAAUAAAUUCCAGAAGUAUUUUG